AAAACAGAACCAAUCUUUAUUUUCUUGAGAGAGACAGACAGAGAUAAAGAAUAAAAAACAAAAUCUUUUUGUUCUUGUCUGAACGGCAGAUCGGAAGCUGUAGACUUAUCAAGAAUUAUUUUUCAAUCAGACAAGAUCUUAGUUGAAAUGAGAAGAGAAGUUGUUGAGUCGGUGAGCACCGAUGCAUCUAAUGAAAGGGUUCACGUGUCUCCCAAGAUAGCUGCAGAGGAAGAAGAUUAUGAGGUUAAGGAAUGCACUGAGGAGAACUCUCUCUCUCAAAAUCAUAAAUCUUCUAGUGUAAUCACAGAGAAUGAUGUGGAGAAGAAGCAUUUGGAUCAUGAAGAAGAUGAUUGUUCUGUUGCUUCUUCGUUAAAGAAUGCAAAGUCGAAAGUAACUCAUGGAACCGCUCCACGAUUUAGGAGUGCACAGCGCGCUGAGAAACGUAAAGAGUAUUACCAAAAGCUUGAAGAGAAACACCAAGCACUUGAAGCUGAAAGGAUCGAGCUUGAACAAAGGCAAAAGGAAGAACAAGAAGCAGCCAUUAAACAGCUUCGGAAAAACCUCAAGUUUAAGGCUAAUCCCGUUCCUGAUUUCUAUUNAAUAUAUUUGGAAUCUUGUUUUUGGUGA